CCUGGUGUUUGGAAGAGUUGGGGAGCGCGCACCAAGAAAUCCAAAAAAGUACCUCGCAGGUGGGGCUCCAGACAGAUGUCCUGCCCGGGACCCUGACCGAAGUCCCACAGCAGGAUGGCUGACCUGCGUUUAUGUGAGCCAACAGAACUCUAUAACAUCUUGAAUCAGGUCUCCAAGCUGUCCAGAUUAGCUGAGCCCAAUUACCUCUGUCUACUGGAUGUUCGACCCAAAAGGCUGUAUGAUGAGAGCCACGUGAUCACUGCCAUGAGAGUGAAGAAGAAAGAUGAUCAGUACCUCAUCCCGGAGUCCGUGGAUCUGGAGUGUGUGAGGUACUGCAUCGUGUACGACAGCAAUACCAGUUCCUUGGAGCUGGGCAUACGACGGCAUGAGGACAAUGAAGAGGAGAAAAGCGAUGACGAGGAGGAAGAAACUGAAUUGUUACCUGGACCUGCUGUCGAAUUUGCACAAAUCCUCAUUCACUUCACCCGCCAACCUGUCUAUGUCCUCAGAGGGGGCUAUGAGUGCUUCUCUGGCCUGUACCACUUCUUCCGGACCCAGAAGAUUAUCUGGAUGCCCCAGGAACUGGAUGCUUUCCAGCCAUACCCUAUUGAGAUAGUUCCAGGCAAAAUCUUCCUGGGCAAAUUAAGUCAAGCUUGCAAUGCUCAGAUUCACAAGGAUUUGAAAAUUAAAGCUCAUGUUAAUGUUUCCAUGGAGUCAACACCGUAUUUUGUAGGUGAUGAAAAUAAACUCUUGCAUAUCAAGAUUGAAGAUUCUUCAGGUUCCAGCCUUUUCUCUUCUUUCCGCCACAUAUGUCACUUCAUGGAGCUUCACCUCCAGCUCCAAUCUGUCAUCCUGGUCUUUUCCACCCGGGGCAUCAGCCGAAGCAGUGCUGCUGUUGUGGCCUUCCUCAUGCAUUAUAAUGAGGAGACCUUGAAGAGGUCUUGGGCCCAUGUGAAGAAGUGCAAAAACAACAUGCGUCCGAAUCGAGGCUUGGUGGCUCAGCUGUUGGAGUGGGAGAAAGUUAUCCACGGGGAAUAUAUCACUGACAUCUCCAACCCUAUCUACUGACCUUCACUUGUGGCCCAACCAUGGUCACCACGCCAUGUUUGGGGCACUCGGGGGUGGGGGGCUAGGGUAAAUGGAAUGGUCUAGAAAAAGAGCAUUGUUGCUUGGAAUUUGAUGUGGUUCUUUUUGUGUUUUCCCUUCUAUACUGGGGAUUGAACCUGUAACAGUGGUUCUCAGCCUUCCUAAUGCUCUGCCCUUUAAUACAGUUCUUCAUGUUGUGGUGACCCCAACCGCAAAAUUGCUCCGUUGUUACUUCAUAACUGUAAUUUUGCUGCUGCUAUGAGUUGUAAUGCAAACAUCUGUGUUUUCUGAUGAUCUCAGGUA